AUGGUGCCCAUCAUUAUUCUGAGCACCUUUUUGCUUCAUUUUACUGUUUCUGUGGCCUCAGAACCGCAGUAUAUCCUAUGGGUCUCCUCGGUGAUACAGAGUCAUUCUACCGAAAAGGCUUGUCUCCACCUUUUAAACCUUAAUGAAUCUGUAUCCUUGAGUGUUGUCUUAGAACAUGAUGGAUACAAUACCACUAUUUUUGACCAGUCUGUGGAAGAGGAUAACUUCUACACUUGUGCAGAUUUCCAGGUUUCUCAGGUGUCCUCUGAGCAAUUGGCUUUUGUGACAUUGUUGGCUAAAGGAAAGACAUUUAAAAUCUCUGAGAGGAGAUCUGUAGUACUCAUUUCAGAGGAGACGGCAACGUUUAUGCAGACAGAUAAGCCCAUCUACAAAUCUGGAGAGAAUGGUAAAUCAAUGUUCAUGUUUCCUUUGUUUCAAAUUCGCAUUGUGACACUGGAUACCAAGUUCAGACCUGUUGAGGAUUUGUAUCCAUUGAUCACACUUCAGGAUCCUCAAAACAAUAGGAUUUUUCAGUGGCAAAAUGUGACCUCUUUUAAAAAUAUUACCCAACUUUCAUUCCAACUGAUUUCAGAACCAAUGUUUGGAGAUUACUCUAUUUUUGUGAAAAGAAAAUCAGGAAAGACAUUGACACACCAAUUUACUGUUGAUAGAUAUGUGUUGCCCAAGUUUGAAGUUAAGGUCAACGCACCACAGACAGUGACGAUUUCAGAUGAUGAAUUCCAAGUGAAUGUAUGUGCUAAGUACACGUAUGGCCAGCCUGUGCAAGGGAAAGCCAAAAUCCGGGUGUGCAGAGAAUUUUUUUCCUCUAGGAAUUGUGAGAACAGCAAUGAAAUAUGUGAACAAUUUAUUGCAGAGUUGGGAAACGGUUGUGUUACUCAAAUUGUUAAUACAAAAGUCUUCCAACUCUACCGUUCAGGAUUUUUCAUGUCAUUUCAUACCACUGUAACGGUUACGGAAUUUGGGACAGGUGUGCAGAUCAGUGAAAAAGCUUCUACUUUUAUCACCCAAUUGCUCGGGAGUGUGAGCUUUGAGAACAUGGAUCCUUUCUAUAGAAGAGGAAUUUCUUAUCUUGGAACUCUUAAAUUUUCCGGUCCUAAUAACAUACCGAUGGUGAACAAGUUAUUGCAAUUGGAGCUCAAUAACAGAUUUAUAGGCAACUACACCACAGAUGAGAAUGGGGAAGCUCUAUUCUCCAUUGACACUUCCGAUAUAUUCGAUCCAGAGUUCAACCUGAAAGCCGCAUAUAUUACUCCUCCAAGCUGCUAUCCUCCCAGUUGGCUAACACCUGAGUAUAUGGAUGCUCAUUUCUCAGUUUCACGCUUUUACUCCCGAACCAGUAGCUUCCUGAAGAUUGUUCCUGAGCCAAAGCAACUUAGAUGCAAUCAGCAGAAAAUUGUUACUGUGCAUUACUCCCUAAAUGGGGAAGCAUAUAGGGAUGAUUCAAAUAUCAAUUUCUUCUACUUGGUAAGUCUCACCAAUGAGCCAGGAAACUUUGGGCACUGUAUCUGUUAGACAUUUCUUAUUUACACAGCCUGGAAAGGAAGCUUCUCAUUCCCAAUCAACAUCACUGCUGAUCUGGCUCCCGUGGCCGUCGUGCUUGUCUACACCCUUCACCCCAGUGGGGAAAUCGUGGCUGACAGUGUGAGAUUCCAGGUUGACAAGUGCUUUAAAAACAAGGUUAGCAUAAAGUUCUCAAAGGACCAGGGGCUACCGGGCUCCAAUACGAGUUUCUAUCUGCAAGCAGCCCCUGACUCAUUCUGUGCACUCCGGGCUGUGGAUAAAAGUGUUCUUCUACUGAAAUCAGAGCAACAGCUGUCAGCUGAAAGUGUGUACAGCCUGCUUCCAAAUAUCGAACUAUAUGGUUAUUUCCAUCAUGGUCUCAACCUUGAUGAUGGCAAGCUUGAAGCUUGCAUUCCUCAAAAGGAUAUGUUUUACAAUGGUUUGUAUUACAUACCUGUAAGCAACUAUGGGGAUGGAGACAUCUAUGAUAUUCUCAGGGGUAUGGGUCUGAAAGUCUUUACCAAUCUUCAUUACCGGAAACCAGAAGUAUGUUCAAUGGAGGGAAGGCUGCCAUUCUCUAGGCCAUCAUAUUUAGCCCCAGAAGAAUAUGCACCGAUAUACAGUUAUGCCCCAUCCAGAAUUGCAUGUGGCUUGAAGGAGAAUUUUGACUAUGUAGGACAGGCUAUAAUAGAAACAGUAAGGACAAACUUUCCAGAGACAUGGAUAUGGGACCUUGUCAGUGUCGAUUCCUCAGGCUCAGCAAAUCUGUCCUUUGUUAUCCCUGAUACUAUAACACAGUGGCAGGCAAAUGGCUUCUGUGUGAAUGGUGAUGCUGGAUUUGGCAUAUCAUCAACAGCUACCCUGGAAAUCUCCCAACCUUUCUUUGUUGAAAUGACCUUGCCUUUUUCAGUUGUUCGAAAUGAACAAUCUGAUUUGAUUGUCAAUGUCUUCAGCUACCUGAAUACAUGUGUAGAGAUUUCUGUUCAGUUGGAAGCAUCCCAGGAUUUUGAGGCAAAUAUCAGCACCCCUAUAAACAAUGGCAGCGAGGUUAUCCAAGCUGGUGAGAAGAAAACAUAUGUCUGGACUCUAUUACCUAAAAUAUUGGGUAAAGUGAAUAUCACUGUAGUUGCUGAGUCCAGACAAAGUAGUGCCUGCCCAAAAGAAGCAACUGAGCAGCAGAAUCUAAACUGGAAAGAUACUGUGGUCAAAAGUCUGUUGGUAGAGCCUGAAGGUAUUGAAAAAGAAAUGACCCAAAGUUUCCUUAUCUGUACAAAAGGAACCAAAGCCUCCAAACAGGUAGUUUUGGACUUGCCAAACAAUGUAGUAGAAGGAUCAGCCAGGGCCUUUGUCACUGUCGUUGGGGAUAUCUUAGGACUUGCUAUGCAAAAUCUGGAGAAUCUUCUCCAAAUGCCCUAUGGAUGUGGAGAGCAGAAUAUUGCCCUACUAGCAUCAGAUACCUAUGUCCUUGACUAUCUGAAAUCUACUAAACAGUUGACAAAGGAAGUUAAAUCUAAGGCUUUCUUUUUCUUGUCUAACGGUUAUCAAAAACAGUUGUCUUUCAAAAACUUUGAUGGUUCAUAUAGUGUUUUUUGGCAGAAGAAUCAGAAAGGAAGCAUAUGGCUCAGUGCCCUUACUUUUAAGACAUUAGAGAGAAUGAAGGAAUAUGUUUACAUUGAUGAACACGUUCAAAGAGAGACUUUAAUCUGGCUUUCAAGCAAACAGAACAUAAAUGGCUGCUUUGAAAGUGAUGGCAAGGUUUUCAACAAUGCCUGGGAGGGUGGAGAAGAAGAGAACAUUUUAUUCACUGCAUAUGUUGUUGGAGCCCUCCUUGAAGCUGGACUCAAUUUCACUUUUCCUGCUCUACGAAAUGGACUCUUUUGCCUAGAGGAGGCACUGGAAAAUGGUGUCACCAAUGGCUAUAUCCAUGCAAUUCUAGCUUAUGCUUUUGCAUUAGCUGAAAGAGAGAAGCAAGUGGAAUCCUUACUCCAGAUCCUCGAUCAAUCUGCUACCAAAACAAAUAAUGUGAUAUAUUGGGAAAGGGCAAAGAAACCCAAGACAGACACAUCCCCAUCCUUUAUUCCUCAUGCACCUUCUGCUGAGACCGAGAAGACUUGUUAUGUCCUAUUGGCUGUUCUUUCCAAGAAAACUCCUGACCUCACCUAUGCGAGUAAGAUUGUGCAAUGGCUUGCCCAACAGAUGAAUUCGCAUGGGGGCUUCUCUUCCACUCAGGACACUGCUGUCUGUCUUCUUGCUAUAACCCACUAUAUGAAGUUCACCUUCUCUAAUGAUCAAAACACUGUCACCUUAAGCGGUGAAGAAUCCAAUGAGAUGUUCCAGGUCAACGGUGAUAAUCGCUUACUGGUCCAGCGUUCUGAACUAACAAAAGCACAUGGACAAUACACACUAGAUGUGGAAGGACAAGGUUGUGCAUUUAUCCAGGUUACCCUGAGGAAUAAUGUACUAUUACCUAAAAAAGCAUCUGGAUUUUCCCUUUCCUUGGAGAUAAUCAAGAAAAACUCUUCAGAUACAUUUCAGAGAUAUUUUGACCUGAUAGUAACCCUCAAGUAUACUGGAAUUCACAAUAACUCCAAUAUGGUCCUUGUUGAUGUAAAAAUGCUGUCAGGAUUUACUCCAGUCAUGGCAUCCAUUGAGAAGCUUGAAAACAAUGGCCAAGUGAUGAAGACUGAAGUCAAGAAUGACCAUGUUCUUUUCUACUUGGAAACUGUUUUUGGGACAGCAAACCACUUUACUUUCACUGUUGAGCAAACCAACCUUGUGUCCAACAUUCAGCCAGCCCCAGUUAUGGUCUAUGAUUAUUAUGAAAAAGAUGAAUAUGCCCUUGUUUCUUACAACAUCAAUAGUGUUUCAGCUUCCCAGUAA